UUCACAAUGUCGUGGGAUCCCUUAUCAAACAUGGACUUCUCACUGAAUUGGUGCAACGUCCCCAACAUGGACUACCUCGCCAACCAUUACAACAUGGUUACCCGCAAUGUCAAGAAGAGAGUUAAAGGUCAUCCAGGACAAGAAUCCCCACGGUACUUUCGCCCCAGAUUCAGACCCCCGUAUCCAAUGAGGCCUCCAACAUUGCCACAGCCCCAUUGGUACAGACCGGACCAGAACGAUGGAUCAAACACAUCUGAGGGGGGAUACAGUUGCAUGGGGGAUAACUCCAGGAGUCCCCCAGGGGUGAGUGGGUUGUACCCACAAUAUUGGAAUGGUAUUGAACAAGUGGCACCACCAAAUGAUGUCCAAUUUACAGAGGAUGUAUCCCUGACCUGGAACGCCGACCCAUCCGCAUAUUUCGAGGGCCUUGAACAAACUGUUCCUCCGUGUAACAACCAGCUUUCAGAAGAUUGGUCCGUGUCCUGGUGUUCUGACCUAUCCGAACAACUGUUUCCCCGGCAACCGUUUCCCCAGACACCAUUUUCCCAGCAACCAUUUCCCCAGCAACAGUUCCUGGCUCCCAAUCCAGCUCCAAUGCAGUACCCAGUUCCUCAGUCACCACAGUGGAUCCAUGGCCCAAUGCGUCGUAGACAUAACAAGAACAAGAAGAGACUAGACGAGCCCUACACGCGGCCCCCCACCUCUGCUGCCGUCAGUCAGACUAUCACCACCCAGCUCAGACAGAUGAAGCCCUUCCUCCAGUCCCUGUUAGUGGCAUGGAAGCAGGACAAGCUGGAUCUAGCUGCCAUCUGUGUGGCCGUGUACGACGACGACAACGCUCUCACCAACAUCUUGUGGCUGGACAAGCCGGGCACUCACGCCUUAACGUUGUUUGGGGACAAGGGAGUCAAGAUUGAGGCGUAUGGCCUUGGGAAGGUCGGGAAGAGCAGUGGAGCCUUUUAUGUUUCAGUCAGUGGCAGGAAAACUGUGAAACUGACACUUUCUAAAGAUUAUUCCAAGUGGGAGACUUUAGUGCUGAGGAGGAAGACGUGUGAUCGUAGCCUAAUGGAUGCCCUUGUGAUGAAGGAAUCUUUUCAGAUGUUCCCAAAGCUGCUGGUGCAGACCCAUUACAAAAUGAGUGUUGAAGAUCCAGGGGCCCCCACAUUGGGACAUGGAGGGGUUGAUCAUUCUGCAAAAGGACCUGUCUUUGAGAAAACGACCACCACAACUACUGCCACAUCAGCUCAUGGGUCAAGACUCCUUGGCCAAACGCAGAACACCAGCUUACACCAAACAGAAACACAUGCUACACUAGUCAGUACACAAGGCUGUAUUAAGGUAGUUGUGAAAACCACCACUGGGAACACCCGACACAAACCAAUCAAGUCAAAAACUGGUAAUGAAUGUACCACUGUAAACCGUACACAAGACAAUAUUUGCAAUAUCUGGAACAACACAGUGAGGACUUCAUGUAAUGUUUCUCAUGCUGUCAAGCCUUGCCCAUUCUUACGCCCUUUAUUGUGUUAUGAUUCACUGUCUGAGUUGUCUGCCCCAUCGACCAGCGCAGACGAUUCUGACACCGUGAGCAGCAACACGUGCACCUCCCAGUACACACCGAUCACUGGCUGGGAUGUCACUGAUGAGAUGAACAGAAAUGUCAUUACUCAGUCCAGAACAAGGAAACAUGGGUCACAUCCUACCACUACUGCCAUGAAUGUUGGUGACAUGGGAGCCUCUGGUUUCACCUUGGGUGGAGCUAGCAGGUGUGGUGUUGCCACGGGUGGAGCUGGCAGGUGUGGUGUUGCCACAGGUGUUGCUAGCAGGUGUGGUGUUGCCACAGGUGAUGCUGUUACUGCCCGUGAAGCUGUUGUCCUUGGCAAUGCAGUUUCCAGGGAAAGUGUUGCAGAUAGGUUUGCUUUUGUUGUCCUUGAUUCUAACGGGUACAGCCUUACUGUGUUGGACAGUGACUUUGAGGGGGAAGUAUCUUUAGGUUUUGAAGAUUUUGAAACUCUGCAAGCACCUGUGAAGAGGUCAAAGGUUGGAAAUGGUGAAGUCAGAGUCUUUGAUCAACCAGCUCAACAGAAAGUUGAAAAUCUUAAGCCUGGAAGAAAGAGACCUUUUAGUGAAUUGAGUAACUCAACAGUUGGUGGUAACCAAUUAUCUAAGAAUGCUAAAAAGAAAAAAUUGAGAAAGAUAGCAAAAGCUAAAAAGAAGUUAGCCUCAGGUCAGAAGAAUGUGAAACGGAAGAGUCCAUUGCUGCCUCCAAGAGUUGACCUUGAGGACAGGCAGGUGAUGCUUCCAAAAGUUGACCUUGAGGACAGGCAGAUGCUGCUUCCAAGAGUUAACCUUGAGGACAGGCAGAUGCUGCUUCCAAGAGUUGACCUUGAGGACAGGCAGAUGAUGCUUCCAAGAGUUGACCUUGAGGACAGGCAGAUGCUGCCUCCAAGAGUUGACCUUGAGGACAGGCAGAUGCUGCUGCUGUUGCGGUUCCAUAAGUCUGGGAAGGUCUACUUCAUCCGGGGACGCAUGAAGAAUGGUGAACUGGACAUCCCGUUCUCACUCAUUGCAUCUGAGAAGUACGAAGCUCGUAUGUUCGAGUUGGACAGACAAACAGCAUCACUGAGGGCUUUCAGUAUCAACAGUGUAUCCAGUUUCCUCACCUUCACCACAUCGCUGACUCUUAAACACCUUGAGAUACUACAGGAAAUGGCAGAGGAUUUUAUCUGCAAGAGUCGCUCCAAAUACCACCACCUUAAACACUUCUACAGGAACAAGCCCAGGCCUUACUUUGGAGACAUCUUGUACAACCACGACGGUGUCAUGAAGGCCUACCUGAAGGACCACAAUGGAGACCAGGGAUCGCCCAUCAACGGGAAACUCAAUGGUUUGUUUUUCAGUGCAUCGGUCCAGUUUUCGACAGGGAAAGUACCUUCAACUUCCUGCUUUGGUGACAAGCGUCUGUACGUUCCUGCUGACGUACUGUUCGAUAUGGACACCUGCUUGUAUUUCACCGACUUCUACUGCACCAGUAGUAGAGGUCCUCACUAUGUCACACUAGUGAUGACAAGGAAGGGUUCAGAUGCAGAUGUGUUUUGUCAGACACGCUUGCGUCAGCUGAAUCCUUUCAACAACCCCUUCCUGUAUAAAGAAAACUCAGUGUAUGGUUGGCAGGUAUUCACAUGCACAUGCUCGGUUUGCUUGAAUAUUGAAGUGUUUUACACAGAAAAUGUGGACAUUGGGUGGCUGUUAGACAGACAUAGGAAUGAUGCGUAUUUUGAAAAUGUCGAAACAUUUGGGCAAGGACAUAGCUCUCUUAUGGGCAUUCCAAAGAAUACCAGAUGCAAUUUGUGCAACCUUCAGUUGGGUUUGCCCUCGACAAAAAGACAGCACAAGUAGACAGUUGUCAAGUGAAGACCAAUAGCAAUGUUAGAGGAUGUUAUGAAGAAUAUCAUGCUGGUCAGGUAUUACAUAUAUGGUUUAACAUGGGAUUAAACUCAUUGAGAUAUUUGUCUGUAUAGUUCAGCGUCAGUGAUUGGUGAAGGUGUUAGUUUGAAAAGAUUAGUUCACAAUUCUUUACACUAUGACGAAAGACUUGUCGGGAUCAUGUGAAUCUUGUUUCAGGUUUCAUAAUGAUAUAUUUUGAGUAAUAUUUCAAAAUUCCUUGAACAAACGGAAAUAUGAAAUUAUCAGAUUUUUUUCCACGUGGUAUGUCUGAAUGUAACCGUGUUGUCAAUGGGUCAAAGAUGCCAUUUGAAAUCCGACUGACCAGAAUUAGUGUUCUGGGAUAAUUUUACCAGCUGUUUCCCACCUGAUGUUAAUACACUUCUUGCCAGCUGGGUAGAGUGCACUGGAGAGUACCUGCCGACCUUGCAAGUUCUUAUGAACUUCUGAAGUGUUCAAAGUUUGUUAUCAGCAUAUUUUGUUUGAAUAUAUCAUUUUUAUUAUCAUUUUUUAUUUUAAUGUUGUUUUCUAUAUUACCUUUUCACUCUUCCCAUCAUUCCCCUCCCAUCAUCCCAUCAUUCCCCUCCCAUCAUCCCAUCAUUCCCCUCCCAUCAUCCCAUCAUUCCCCCCCAUCAUCCCAUCAUUCCCCUCCCAUCAUCCCAUCAUUCCCCUCCCAUCAUCCCAUCAUUCCCCUCCCAUCAUCCCAUCAUUCCCCCCCAUCAUCCCAUCAUUCCCCUCCCAUCAUCCCAUCAUUCCCCUCCCAUCAUACCAGUGUUCCAUUCUAUACUUGGCCAAGGGACUUCAAAGAAAGGCCUUGAUUUUUAUCAGAAAAGUUAUCCAGUCACUAGGUCUGACCUUACUGGCAAUAUCUUUAUGCCUACUAAUGUAAGACCUUAACCAAGUCGACUGCUCUUCCCAUUUAGUGCUCAUGUUUCAACCCUACAAUAAGUGCCAAGCCCCACCCUGUCCAUACCCUUUAUGCACCCUAACCCAGGUGUCCUAAUCAUUAAUGCGCCCUUACCCAGUUGUCCCUGAUACCUUUAUUGCUGGGGCUAGGUGUCUAUACUCUUAUGCACAGUUAUCCAGGUGUCCGUUUACGCAGAUGUGCAUACCCAUACCCUUACUGCACCCUUCCUCAUGUGUCCCUAAUACCCUUACUGCACCCUUCCUCAUGUGUCCCUAAUACCCUUACUGCACCCUUCCUCAUGUGUCCCUAAUACCCUUACUGCACCCUUCCUCAUGCGUCCCUAAUACCCUUACUGCACCCUUCCUCAUGCGUCCCUUAUACCCUUACUGCAACCUUCCUCAUGUGUCCCUAAUUCCCUAAAUGCAUCUUUACCCAUGUGUCCCUAAUACCCCAAAUGCAUCCUUACCCAUGUGUCCCUAAUACCCCAAAUUCAUCCUUACUCAUGUAUCCCUAUAUGCAUCCUUACUCCUGUGUCCCUAAUCCCCUAUAUGCAUCCUUACUCCUUUGUCCCUAAUCCCCUAUAUGCAUCCUUACUCCUGUGUCCCAAAUCCCCUAUAUGCAUCCUUACUCCUGUGUCCCUAAUCCCCUAUAUGCAUCCUUACUCCUGUGUCCCUAAUCCCCUUUAUGCAUCCUUACUCCUGUGUCCCUAAUCCCCUAUAUGCAUCCUUACUCAUGUCACUAAUCCCCUAUAUGCAUCCUUACUCGUGUCACUAAUACCCAAAAUGCAUCCUUACUCAUGUGUCCCUAAAAGCCUUAUUGCAUUAUUAUCCGAGUGGCCAUAUCUUAAAUGCACGUUUACUCAGAUGUGCAUACCCUAAUAUCACCCUAAGCCAGGUGUCCAUAUCCUUAAUUCACCCUAAGCCAGGUGUCCAUAUCCUUAAUUCACCCUAAGCCAGGUGUCCAUAUCCUUAAUUCACCCUAAGCCAGGUGUCCAUAUCCUUAAUUCACCUUAAGCCAGGUGUCCAUAUCCUUAAUUCACCUUAAGCCAGGUGUCAAUAUCCUUAAUUCACAAAUUCACCCUAAGCCAGGUGUCCAUAUCCUUAAUUCACCCUAAGCCAGGUGUCCAUAUCCUUAAUUCACCCUAAGCCAGGUGUCCAUACCCCUAAUUCACCCUAAGCCAGGUGUCCAUAUCCUUAAUUCACCUUAAGCCAGGUGUCCAUAUCCUUAAUUCACCCUAAGCCAGGUGUCCAUACCCUUAAUUCACCCUAAGCCAGGUGUUCACUAUUGCCCACGUGUCCCUUCCCAUUGGCUCAUGCCUUCACCUCUUUUACCUACGUUACCCAGGGACGUAAAUAUGCAUCUUUAGCAUGUAUAGUUAAUUGUCAAUCGUGUUUUUUCUGUGACGAUAUAUCUGAAUGUUCAGGUAUUGCCAUGAAAGCGUGCAGCAUUUACAUUAUUUUGAGUGGUUAUGGUUGGUGCUAUGAAUGAAUGAGGAUAUUGCAUUGUCUCUGUCAGACACGGUGUACUGUGCUGAAGUUGUGUGUACCUGUCUACUGGAAUAUUUUAAGCAUGUAUAUGUUCUGACAUUACAUAUUCCAUUGUUAAAACAUACGUUUUAUAUUCUAUGAAAAUGUUUUUUCUC